CCGCGAGCGAGCAGUCACAGCAUAGCGUCACCUGUGCAAGAUGCUGGCCCGUGCUCUGCUCUUGCUCUCCGCCGUGGCAUGCGGCAACAGUGCGCACAUCGGGAGGGCGGACGCAGCCUGGGAGAGCCUGGGGUGUGAUGUGGGCGUCGAAGUGGCACCCCCUGAGGCGCCCGGCAGCCUCCCGGUCCUGACCUUGUGCCAGACUCAGUGCCAGUCUCAGCUCGACCAGACAUGGUUCGUAGGGUCAGUGUACAGACACGAGGCGUGGCUGGCGAGAGAAUACGGCCUCAUGGUGGAAAUCACGUACGACAAGGACAACACGAUGUCCUGCCAGUUGAUGCCUAUUCAGCCCAAGUCUGACCUCCUCAGUAAAUUCACUGACUGCACAACCGAGAACAUUGCCACUGAGAAUCCCUCAAGCACCGAGCGUCCUUCAGGAACUGAAAGCUCUUCAGGAACGGAAACUUCUGGAACUGAAAGUCCUUCAGGAACGGAAACUUCUGGAACUGAAAGCCCUUCAGGAACGGAAACUUCUGGAACUGAAAGCCCUUCAGGAACGGAAACUUCUGGAACUGAAAGCCCUUCAGGAACGGAAACUUCUGGAACUGAAAAUCCUUCAGGAACGGAAACUUCUGGAACUGAAAGCCCUUCAGGAACGGAAACUUCUGGAACUGAAAGCCCUUCAGGAACGGAAACUUCUGGAACUGAAAAUCCUUCAGGAACGGAAACCUCUGGAACUGAAAGUCCUUCAGGAACGGAAACUUCUGGAACUGAAAGCCCUUCAGGAACGGAAACUUCUGGAACUGAAAUCCCUUCAGGAACGGAAACUUCUGGAACUGAAAAUCCUUCAGGAACGGAAACUUCUGGAACUGAAAAUCCUUCAGGAACGGAAACUUCUGGAACUGAAAGCCCUUCAGGAACGGAAACUUCUGGAACUGAAAGCCCUUCAGGAACGGAAACUUCUGGAACUGAAAGUCCGUCAGGAACAGAAACUACAGAAACAUCUUCAUUCACUGAAGGCUCCCCAGACACAGCCGGCCCCGGAGAUGAGAGUUCUCCCGACGGCGGACAGCCAACGGCCGGACCCGAGGCUUCGACCACCCUCCACGGAGGCUCAUCCACCGAUGCUUCUUCCUCAACGAAGGUCAACUGCGUCCAGGAAACCGCUGCGCCGCCUAUGUUGGUUUGCCCUGAGGGAUGGAACCUCUACGGCCGGUCCUGCUACCACGUCAGCACUGAGAAGGGCUCGUGGGACAUGGGUCAGCAGUACUGCGGGAGUAUCAACAGCACCUACGCGAAGAUCUCUGACCAUGACGAGAAUACCUUCGUUGUCAGUCUUCUGACAGAUACUACGUGGAUAGGACUCGAGGAUCAGGACAAGGAAGGAAUCUACUUCUGGGACGGUGACUCCAUUCCGAAGUCCUCUGAUUCAUAUGCCGAUUGGGGCGAAGGUGAGCCCAAUAACUACAGGAACGAAGAUUGCGUGGAGAUCAAUGCUUUCAUUGGAUACUUUUGGAACGACAAGAAAUGCUCAACAGAGAGAAUGUUUGCUUGCGAGAGAGAGGCUGAUGUCGUCUACGCUUAAGCCGCUUCAUGACGAAGGCGAUGGUGUCUGGCGAGGGACUACGAUAGUAUGGUUUAUGGUGGCCGCAAGCACUACCAUUAGAAGAUUUUGAUUGGCGACAGUGAAAAGGAAAUGUGGUGAAGAUCUUGGCCAGCAAAGGAAAUACAGCAAAUUAUGUCUAGUUAAUAGUGAUAGUUGUGCCACCAUAAUCUAUAUAAGAGUAGAUAUAAAGCAUUAUUCUAAA